AUGAAUUUUGAUCAGAAGGCUGUGAAGUUUUUGGCAAAUUUUUAUAUGAAUGGAGGCCAACAUUGGACCCAUGGUGGUAUACAGACAAGGCAGCCAACACCCCCUAGCGGGAGGAAAUUGGCUCGGGGUCAUCCCUCGCGCCCCCUAACUCUAGACAAGUGGGAAUCUGCAAAGCUUCCAGCACCCCAGAAUCUUCAAAAUCUCCGUAUGGGAGGAGUCACCCUGGUGCAGGAUCCAGAACUUCUUCGAAUCAGAAAUGUAAAAGACUUCAGUAAAUGCAGAGCCAUGUGGGAUGUAGGCUUUGAAAGACGACCCCCGAUCCUGAUAGACAUGGAUACCCCAGGGCCAACCCAGUACUCUGUACCUGACGUGAGCAUCCGAGAGUCUUCACCACAUCCCCAAUACAGCAUUCGCUGCAAGACACCUCCCCGGGAUGGUGGUGGCCGCAGGGCAUGGCAAACUGCCUGGUUCCAGAGUGAAAGCCCUUUCACACAGAAGGCAGACUUCCUCCGGGAGAAGAAGAUUGAUGGGCUCACUCCCCCACACCUUGGCCUAGUUCCUAAACCAGACGGGAAGGAUUCUCGGCAGUAUGUGCGUGGGCCCAACGGUGUGGGAUGUUCCCUGUGGCCAUCCCCGUUCCACUACACGCAGCCCUGCAGCCUGGGGCCCCAGCAGCCCAGCCGGCCCAGCUUUCCUGCCUUCACCUUUGGCCACAGGAGGCUGAGGAAAUGCCCCAGCCCCAAUACCUACAACGUUGUCCCAGGCUUUCAGCUGAAGGGUACUCGCUCUCCUGCCUUCUCUAUGAGUCGGGCCCAGGCUCUGAACACUUGGAUCAGUCCUGCUCAUACCCCAGGGCCAGCUGCAUACUAUGUUGAAGAUUCCUACAAUUCUCGCUAUCCGUCAACCCCAGGAGUCCUCAUCCAGGGUGAGCGCAGGCCUAAGAGGCAUGAGACAGGGCCCUUCUGCUCCCUCUAG